GAGCCAUGGGAAUGGUAUUGCUACUGUUGGAGAUGUAAGAAAGCAUGGGGACCUACAAGAAUAGAAGACUUCUCCAAUCCUCCUACCAUGGGGGCCACAUCCUGUGAUCACACAGGGAGAACAUUAGAAUUCCCGGGUGUUACUGUAAUACCAGAUUUCAUCUCCAAAGAGGAGGAGGCAGAGGCUGUGAAGACCAUAGAUGUAUCCCCGUGGAAACCAUCUCAAUCUGGGAGGAUGAAACAGGAUUAUGGACCCAAAGUAAACUUCAAACGGAGGAAACUCAAAAAGGCAGGGUUCACCGGCCUACCCUCGUUCAUCAAGGCCUUUGUUGACCGAAUGAAUGAGCUUGAUAGUUUGUGUAACUUCAUUCCAGUGGAACUGUGCAAUCUGGACUACCGACCCGACAGAGGGUCAGCCAUUGACCCUCACCUGGAUGACAGCUGGCUGUGGGGGGAGCGACUGGUCACCAUCAACCUCCUCUCAGGAACGUAUCUGGACAUGACCCCUGUUCGCCAUCACACCCCAAGGAACGAGGAUGCUCGGAUUGCAGUUAGGAUUCCCUUGCACCCACGGAGUCUGCUGAUCUUGUCUGGCCCCGCGAGGUACCAGUGGAAUCAUGGGAUACAGAGGGGGGCCAUUGCAGACAGACGCAUUGCCAUGACCCUGAGGGAGUUGACGGAGGAAUUUCUGGUGGGAGGGGCACAGGAGGACAUUGGGAGGGAGGUAUUGUCCAUAGCGGCAACAUACGCAGGUACUAUUGUUCCUUGAACAGCUCUUUUUACAGGUAUGUGUUAAGCAUGUGAAAAGGAUAAUCAAAAACAACUCUGAAAUUGGCAUAAAAUUUCAUCAAGGUGGACGUUAUCUUUUUAGAGGGGGAUUUUUUUUAGAAAUACAUAUGUGACCCACUGUGUGAAAAUGAGUCUUAAGUCACCAAAGCCACUU